CCCCUUCAGCCCUUCACAACCGUCUCACGUGACAGCAACCCCUCCGAGCCAUGGCCUCGAAAAGAGCACUGGUGAUUCUAGCAAAAGGGGCAGAGGAGAUGGAAACUGUGAUCCCCACUGACGUGAUGAGAAGAGCUGGGAUCAAAGUGACUGUUGCAGGCCUAGCGGGAAAAGAACCAGUGCAGUGCAGUCGAGAUGUCUUCAUUUGUCCUGAUGCCAGUCUUGAAGAUGCCAGAAAAGAGGGGCCCUACGACGUCGUGGUCCUGCCUGGGGGGAACCUGGGAGCUCAAAACUUGUCAGAGUCUCCUGCUGUGAAGGACAUUUUGAAGGACCAGGAAAGCAGAAAAGGCCUGAUUGCUGCUAUAUGUGCAGGUCCUACUGCCCUCCUGGCACACGGGGUGGGGUUUGGAAGAAAAGUCACCACACAUCCGUUGGCCAAAGAUAAAAUGAUGACUGGAGCGCACUACAGCUACUCCGAGAGCCGCGUGGAGAAAGAUGGGAACAUCCUCACCAGCCGCGGCCCUGGUACCAGCUUUGAGUUUGGGUUGGCCAUUGUUGAAACGCUGAUGGGGAAGGAAGUGGCCGAACAGGUGAAGGCACCCCUGAUCCUGUAAGAGUAAAAUCCUGGUGUGGGACAGGGAUUUGGGAGGAUUUUGGAUGGAGAGUCUCAUCCUUUGUAGAAUAAGUGUGAGAUGCACUGUUGUAGAUACAAUUUAAUUGUGGGUGAAAUUAGCAACUUGCACCUACCUAAACUGGGAUACCUUAACAAACCAGUGGUCUUUAUGUCUGGAAAAAGAUCCUGUUAGCAAAAAGCUUCCUCACGAAAAAACACCCAGCAUCUAAUAAUCUUAGUUAGCUCUUGGAUGGCACUAAAAAAUCACACGGGAAAAUGUUUGCUGAGUAAAUAAAAGUGAAGCAACCCU